AGUAUAUCUACCGCUUAAUCAGCAUAACGUCACGUAUUAUCGCUGUUUAAUCAUAACAAGUGGUAUCUUUCACUAUGUAACUGUUUAUUUAUCUUAUCAGUUAUCAGUGAAUGUAAAAGUACCAACAACCACACGGCACCACAUAAACUCUAACAUAUUUUCAUUUAGCCCAUAAAAUACAAGUUGAGCACAACAAAUUCUUAUCACCGGCAAUUAGCGGAGUGCAAAAUAUAAAUAUUAAUAGUAAAAUAUACUAUAGCUUUAUUAGUGUAAUAUUGCGGUAUUCGCCGAAGCGUCGGUGCACAAGGCGAAAUGAGCCAGCUCAACAAAUAAGCUUAAAAGGGCUCGCCUGAUAAACAAAUUGUGCCAAAUGUGACAGUAAAGUGCAAAAACGUACAAUGCUUAAGUUGGGUGGAGAAUGCAGAAAUAUUGCGCACUGCACGCUCGCAAGAGGCGUUACUCAUAUAAGUGCUAGUGCUUACAUUCGUUUUUAUAUGUUUACACGCGACGCAUUUGUAUAUGCAAUGCUUAUAAAGUCGAUCGUUUGUAAUUGGAAGUAUAGUUUGAGAAAGUGAAUCAUAAAGACAGCUUCGGACAAAUAAAUUUUUAAAAAGAAUUUACUGAAUAUUUUACUGUAUAAAAAUGGGUUGUCCAGCGUGUUCUAAAGAUUGCAAAUGCACUGCAGCUAAGUGCGGAGAUGGCUGUCCCUGCGAUCAGCAAUGCAAAUGCAAUUGCAAGAGCGGUGCCAAGGACAAUUGCUGCAAGAAAUAAAUUCGAUGGAGUUGCGAACUUUAAAAAUAAAUGUCAACUAGUAAUGGAAAAUUGAAUAAUUGACCUUCAGACUGGAGAUGAAUAAAACAAAAACAACAACAUUGUAAA